GAGAAUGUGGCCCCAAGGAGCCAUGUUUGUGGCCCUGCCCCACCUUGGGCCCAUCCUGGUCUGGCUGCUCACGGGCCGCCGCGGAAUGUCUUCCUGGUGUGACAACCCGAGGAAGCUGCCCUGGUGCCCACACCACAAAGUCUUGUUACUUGUGUGGACGACUAUCUACUCUGUCAUGGGCUAUGCUUCCUACCUGGUGUGGAAGGACCUUGGAGGGGGCUUUGGCCGGCCCCUGGCCCUGCCUCUCGGCCUCUACGCCACUCAGCUUGCCAUCAGCUGGACCGUCCUGAUUUUCUUAUUUGUGACCCAAAACUCUGGUCUGGCACUAUUGCACCUGCUGUUGCUCUAUGGGCUGGUGCUGAGCACAGCAUUCAUCUGGCAGCCCAUCAACAAGCUGGCGGCUCUGCUCCUGCUGCCCUACCUGGCCUGGCUCACCGUAUCAACCUCUAUCACCUACCACCUGUGGAAGGACAGCCUCUGUCCCAAGCAGCAGACUCAGCCUAUGGGACAAAGGGCCCACUGA